UGGUUUCAGUGGACGUGAAGGCACCCCUCAUGCCUUUCUUUUCACCAUAUUUAAAAAAGCAUUACUCAUUUAUAUUAUUUUAUAAUGUUAGGCUUGAUUUUGGCCAUUAUUUAUUAAAAAAAUGAGAAAAAGCAAAGGCAGAAAGGGCUAUAAAAUAGAGGGUACAGACGGAGAUAGUAGUGGAGUCAGCUCCUCAUUGUGAGAACUGAGAACUGAGACUUCUUUUGUUGAAUUCAGAUUUAGUAGAGGCAGCCAUGGCUUUGAUUCAAGGCAAAUGGGUCAAGCUUGAUCAAAAAGGAACUUGCCCAGGACCAAGAAGUUCACAUGCAGUAACCAUAGUAGCACAAAAGGCCUAUGUGUUCGGUGGCGAGUUUUCGCCACGUGUCCCUGUAGACAACCACAUCCACGUGUUUGACCUCCAAGACACCACGUGGUCCGUGGUCAAUGCAAUCGGCGAUGUUCCUCCACCACGUGUAGGUGUCACAAUGGCAACCGUUGGAUCAACCAUCUAUGUUUUCGGCGGUAGAGAUAGCGAACACAAAGAGCUCAAUGAAUUAUACUCUUUUGACACGUGUUCAAACAAGUGGACCCUUCUAUCUACUGGCGAUGGGGGACCUCCUCAUCGGAGCUACCACUCAAUGACGGCGGACAAUCGUUACAUUUAUGUCUUCGGUGGCUGUGGCAACACCGGACGACUUAACGAUCUAUGGGCAUAUGAUGUGGUUGAUCGGAAGUGGAUCAAGUACCCAUCGCCGGGGGACAACUGCAAGGGAAGAGGUGGGCCUGGGCUCGUUGUGGCCCAAGGAAAGAUAUGGGUCGUGUAUGGCUUUGCUGGAUAUGAAGUGGAUGAUGUUCAUUGCUACGAUCCGGCCCAAACAAAGUGGGCUGAGGUUGAGACAAAAGGCGAGAGGCCCACAGCUCGAAGUGUGUUUUCUACGGCUGGGAUUGGGAAAUACGUAUUUAUAUACGGUGGAGAAGUAGAUCCAAGUGACUUGGGCCACUUGGGUGCAGGGAAAUUUGCCCGAGAGGUGUACGCGUUGGACACGGACACGUUGGAGUGGAAGAGGUGGGAAGAUGGGUCGGGCCAAGAAAAUCAUCCUGGGCCUCGUGGGUGGUGUGCAUAUGCUAGUGGGCUUUUAGAUGGUAAAGAGGGCCUUUUGGUGUACGGUGGGAAUUCUCCUAGUAAUGAUAGGCUUGAUGAUAUUUUCUUCUUCACUCCUUAAACUUUAUAAAUUAUUGCUGUAUGUUUGGAUUCCAGAAUUGGCACAUUGUAAUAAAUUUUAGGAUAUGUACGUGCCCCAUUUUGAUUGUAUUAGGUUGUAUGAUAAGGGAUAAGGUACUAUGUAAUUAGUGUUUACUUUAAUAAGAUGAAUGAUUGUCGUGUUGUUAAACAA